AAAGCUUGCCAAGGUCAUCAUGUCGUACUUCAGACCUGACCUUAACUUUGAGACGGCUUCAGAGAAAGAGUUAGAGGUGUACAUGUUGAUAAAAAGCUGCUGGGAAGAAGAUCCAGAGAGAAGACCGGACUUUAAGAGGGUGGAAAACUGUCUGGGGAAAAUCAUCAGUAAAAUUCACAACCAGGACAAUGAGAGCUACAUAGACAACAUGAUCCGCCGCCUGCAGAUGUACUCGAGGAACCUGGAGAACCUGGUGGAGGAGAGAACGGUUCUCUAUAAAGCUGAGAGGGACCGAGCAGACUGCCUCAACUUCAUGCUGCUGCCCGGGUCUGUUCACACUGGAAACAGCACACUAUAACAUCAACACAAUGGUCUGAAAACAUAGAAAUAUGGCAGCAUUUAAGAGGCAAUAAGUAUUUAGUGUACCAUUGUC